GUUUCGUGGAAGUGUCGGCCCUAACAGAGAGUACCACCUCUAACUGGAAAGCAAAACAAGCGUCUGGAAGGAAAAACGGCGCUGAAUUUUUGAAGAUCUUAAUUAAUUACAGCAAAUUGAGUUUUAAAAUGGCAAUAAUUAUGGCUGAAUCGAGUUAUGAAAGGCGCGUAAAGGCUUUGUACGAAAAACAAAUUCGCAUGGAAACCCUCGAGGGAAAAUUCAUCAAAAAGGUCUUCAAAUUCAACAGUAUUUUGUUGGAUGUCAAAGAAGCAGCUGCGCGCCAUCAGCGAAAAGUGGAAAAGAUGCAAAAAGUCGUCAUCGAGCGUCGGGAGGAGUUGGAAAAGAGAGUUUCCUUCAUGGGGCAACUUGCUCAAGAAGUGGAGGCCACCAAACUUCGAAAUUUGGCCAUGAAAGAUCGGAUUAAACAGCAGAAAAUGCUAGCCAGAGAGCGUAAUAACGAAAUAAUGGAAAGGAUUCACACGCUGUCGAAGACAACAGGAACAUAUGUAAAUCAAGAAGCGCUGCCAGCACGUGUGAAGGGUGUCACUGUACUCCGUGGCGAUAAGCGCGACCAGUUGAUACCCUUUGAUCUGAAUGCAACCGAUGCCGAAGGACUGAACUCGCUUUGUCAGCAUCUCGAGAGCCUAAAUGUCGACGUGUCGCAGUGGCAGCAGCUUGUCUCGCUGGUUAUGGAUGUGACUAUGGAAGCACGUGCUCCUACUACUCCGCCUAAGGAAGCAGCCAAUUGCAAGUCCAUAAUUGAGAUUGAUCUCACCUCGCCGACAAGUUAGAGCUGACUUCCGAUUAAAUGAUUUGCUUGGCCUGGGGAAGCCCCUCUGCCAAUGGAGCACUUUAAUUUGGCAUAAUAAAUAGUUGGCGACUAAUGAUAGCUCUAAUUGGGAACUAAUCUUAACAAAUUAGGCGUCUUAUUUGGAUUGCAGUUAACGCGUUAAGUACACCUUGUAAUCUUUUAAAUGCCCUUUUAAUUAUACAUAUACUUCUUACGACAAA